GACAAUUUGGUCGUGUUUACAUUGCAAAAGAAAAAGAAAGUGGCUAUAUAGUAGCUUUGAAAGUGCUAUCUAUUAGAGAACUAAUUAAAGCUAAUGCUGAAAGACAAUUGAGACGCGAAGUAGAAAUUCAGGCAAAUCUAAGACAUCCAAAUAUUCUUCGACUUCUUGGGCAUUUCCAAGACAAUAUAUAUUUUGUCUUGAUUCUUGAAUAUGCUGCCAAAGGAGAACUUUAUAAGCAACUUGUGAAAUCAGGUAGACUUAAAGAAAAGAAAGCAUCAAGGUAUAUUGCGCAAAUGGCUGGGGCUUUAA